AUGAUCGUGUUUGCAAAUGAUUCAAGAGACGGAGCGUUUGAUGCUUUGCUUGAGCCGUACGGCGAAUGCAAUAAGGAAUAUUUCACAUUCCAUAAAUGCACAGAAGAAAAAUUCAACCAUCUCGUGUCGUUGUAUGACGGUAUGAAAGACAAGGAAUCUUCGUUUGAAGCCUUCAUGAAAGGCGAAGGAUAUGUUCUUACACCUGACGGCUGGGGUUCGAUGUAUAACGACAACGCCCGGUAUGACUACUACACGCUUGACGGUAAGGAAUAUCUCUUUGACCCGAAGAAGGGUGAAGAGAUGGAUGACGGAGCGUACCGCUACAGGAAGAGCCAGAUCGAUUUCAGUAAGUACGCAGAAGAGGACUACACAGAACAGGACGCUGAAGAUUACUGGGACGAAGCGAUGGAGUCCGGUGACAAGAAGUACAAGGAGUACAUGCUCAAGCGGUAUGAAACCAAGGAGCAGUAUGUCAAAGAGAUCAUCACGCCGUAUCCUUACUGCUUCAUCACGCCGGACGGAGUGUGCCACGCCCCCGGUUUCAUGGGCUGGUUCGCCUGCGAUGAUGCAACAGCGGAAUCGACUACCAAGUAUAUCGACGAAUGGCUCGCCUAUAUUUCGUCGGACAAAGACGAUCCAGCGCACAUUCGUCUUCAGACGCAGGACGAACUGAUGAAUCUCAUCAAGGAUCUUAAAAGCAACGAUGAUAACUAUCUCGUUGAGGAUUUUGGCGGUAUCCAGCGCGUAUCCGCGAGGAGCGUGAUCGGUAUGCUGUAUGCCAUGACGGAUUUCAACGAUGAUAUGUAUCUGGUCAAUCUUUCAAGCGAUGGGAACUUCCCGUCCUUUGUGGAUAAAUACAGGGUUGGAGGGAAUGUAUGA